GUUCUACCUUGUUUUGUUCUUUUUUUGGGGGGGGAAAAAGGGAGUGACGAUUUGUUCAUCUUUGUAUGCCAGCGCGUCGACGAGGACUUUCGACAUGGGGCUAUCUAACACGCACGUUCUGCAGUGGUCAUUGUGCAUCCUUCUCCUCUUCUCAAGCUCUGGCGGAUAUGGUGGAAGCAGAGAGGAGGGAGGCCAGGGUGCUGCUGCCCCUUUCGCCUUCGCUCAGUCCACCUCCUCACCGGGGGAAGACAGCAGCGGAGGAUCUUCUCCUGCGGUCGCCGCCGAAGCCUCCAAUGCCACGCCUGAAUCGGAACCCCCUAUAUUGGUCCCGACAUCACAAUGGACUCCUCAGACCCCCCCCUCCUCCGCGUCCCGAUCCCAAUCUCCUUCAGCAACGGGAUCGAGCAAAUCUGUUGGCGUCAACAUCGGAUUCGGCCUAAGCACGCAGCAACUGGAUGCGACGCAGACGGUGGCCAUCUUGCAGAGGAUCAAAGCGACGUCCGUCAAACUGUUCGGUGAUUACAACGACACUCUUGCAGAGGUCGGCGCGUUCUUCACCGCAAUUGCGGGAACGGGAAUCGAUGUGGUCAUCUCCACGUCGAAUGACCAAGUCGCGCUCUUCGCUGCUAACGCUAACAACGAGACCGAGGAUUUCGUUCAGUCGAAGAUCGUCAGCCGUCCAGAUGUCAAGAUCUCCGCCAUCGUGGUUGGCAAUAACCUUCUUUCACAAGGCGACACUACGCUUGCGACCUCGCUGAUUCCCGCAAUGAACAAUUUACAGCUGGCUCUCGUUGCAGCUGGUCUAAGCGAGACCGUCAAACUCGUCACCCCCAUUGGUUUAGAUGUCCUCACCGGGGGGUAUAAUCCCCCCAGCAGCGGGGCAUUUAGCGAGUCGUCCCUGCCCGUGAUCACCCCACUGCUGGAGUUUCUGAAUUCGACAGGCUCCAGUUUCAUGGUGGAUGCCUUCCCAUUUUUCGCCGCCAAGGACCCAGCGCAAGGGGUCGACCUCUCUUUCGCCUUGGGCGCUGCAGAAGCAGCCCCGYUGGUCGACAGCGCCCUGACAUACACGAACGCGAUGGACAUGAUGGUGGAUGCCGUGGCCUACGCCAUUGGGAAGCAGGGGUUCUCUAUGGUSCYGAUCUCGAUCGGGUCGACCGGGUGGCCAACGCAGGGAGACGCGAUCGCGACCGUGGCCAACGCCGAGAAGUUCAACAAGAACCUGGUCGGGAAUCUGGUCAGUGGGAGGGGGACACCAAGGCUUCCAGGAGUUUCCAUGCAAGCCUACAUCUUCGAGUUGCUGGACGAAGACAACAAGACUUUGGGCCCAUCAGAGACCGACCUCUUUGAGCGUCAUUGGGGUAUUUUCGACUUGGUGGGAACAGCGAAGUACGAGAUUGAUUUGUCAUCCCCUAUGGUUGCUGCCAGUCCAUCAGAUGCAACCCCAACUCCACCUACCACCCCUGUCGACUCCACAGCUCAACCUUCAGCCCCUUCUACUUUGAUCAUUCCACCUCCUGUGGAUUCUACAACUCCACCUGCAAACCCCUCUGCUGAGUCUGGUCCUAUGUUUGUCCCCCCUACAGACCCCUCCGCUCCAUCGGUCGUACCUGUAGACCCCUCUGCUCUAAUUAGCACCCCCCCUGCAGACCCCUCUGCUCCAGCACUUGUACCUGCAGACCCCUCUGUUCCUGUUACCCCCCCUGCAACCCCCUCUGCUCCAGCAGUCGUACCUGUAGUAGGCUCCUCUUCUCUCAUUGGUACCCCCCUGGCGAACCCCUCUGCUCCAGCACUUGUACCUGCCGACCCCUCUGCUCCCACUACUCCACCUGCCACCCCCUCUGCUGCCUCAAAUGCCACUACCCCUCCUACGAUAGACCCCUCUUGCGUUCCGGGCGGCAACGGGGGGUCGGCAGCAAGUGUCAAUCCGGCAAUUGCACAAACUGGAGGUGCGGGGACUUACUGCGUCGCCAAUGACUGUGCAGCGGAGAGGGUGUUAUUAGAUGGGCUUAACUGGGUGUGCGAGACCAUGGACUGCAGCCCCAUUAACCCCGGAGGAACCUGCUUCGAACCCAACACUACACUGGCACACGCUUCCUGGGCCUUCAACUUAAAAUAUGUGAGCGCUUUGAGAGACAAAGGGCAAUGCUACUUUGGUGGGAGCGGCUUGAUCGUGGAUGUGAACCCAUCUGUGGGGACCUGCACUUAUGGGUGAAGAAGCUGUACAGACACAAUGGCAUCUAGGUUGGGAGCAAAAAGGGGCGGCGGCGGUGGCGGGGAAGGGGUUUAGUUCGCAGCCAGGAGGCUGCGCUAUACCCGGUUGCAUUUGUCGCGCAGCGAGGAUGUCUUUUUCAGGAAAUGUCGACGAGGGCGAAAGGGAUUUAUAGGGUGGUAACAUGGGUAAUUGAAGGGUGCGAUCGCUGUCGGGGCAGAGACCGGUAGGCCGGGCGGUCGCGAGUGCGGUUGGAGGGGGGCAGACCAGCGGUCACGAAAAGCGGCUGGCGGGCCGUUUUCAUGGACGGCGGCCAGUUUUCCAUUUCGGGCGAUAUCGCGAGGGUGCGAUUUUCCGGGUUUGGAGGUGUGCACAGCAGAAUGCUGGCUUGCAAAAUGCGUGCUACUGUGAGUUUGCCCUCGAAAUGGAAAAAGGAAAAACGACAAAAAACACAAAAAACAACCAGGUUGUUCUGCUAAGUGGAGCGUGGCUACGUCCUGAGAUUGGGCCCCUUUCAAGAG